UUUUUUUUCUAACCUUAAAGGUACCUUGUGUUUUGCUACUAUGAAUAGAAAAGCGGAAAAAGCGACGGUAACCAGUUGGUUUGACAUGUUGAUGUCGAUUUCAUAGUUAGUCCCCCUUGUUGAAACCAGGAGCCAAACCGACCUUUCUCAUCAGCAGACGACGAGCGAAACUUCAAGCUCAGAUAGAUAACGCACUUAGGUUUUUAUCACUCAUCAAGUAAUCCACAAUGUCCCGUCGGGCGUCAAUGUUCAGCUUUUUGGGAGUUUCUGAUGAAGAUAUACACAGUUCAAUCAAGACAUCCAACAGAGAUGCUUCUUUGAAAGGACGUUUGAAAAGGGUGAUUAUAAAGGAUUCAACAGCCCGUCGAGUGGCUAUCAUAUUUGACUUGAUCAUACGUCUUUUGGCUUGUCUCCUUUAUGUCAUUCGUGUUAUUAUUGAUGAUCAGCAAGAAUAUGAUUGCUAUGGCUAUCCUUGUGCCACAGAAGAAAGCAAUCAUUCAGAACUUUCACGCCCCAAACCAAUCAACUGGUAUGUUGUUGCUUGGGUACACCGCCCCUUCGGAUUAUGGAUAGCACAAGUUGUUCUGUCAUUUGUAAUGCUUUCAAAAUUUAUUUUACAACUCUAUGUUGUACGUAAGCAAAAAGCUCUUCAAAGAAUUUUCAGAGCAACCACUCUUAUUGAAGUAUUGUGUACCAUCCCAGUUGUUGCCACGGUAUUUUGGCCAGACAAAUUACAAAACAUGUUUUACCCAACCUUUUUAAAUUGCUGGUUGGCUAACGAUGCGUUUUUGACUCUUUUUAAUGAUAUUCAUAUUGCUGGGAAACGUUUUCAGAGUAUAUCAGAAAGCCUCAGUCAACAACUUUUCAUGUUAAUUGGCUCCCUCUGUUGUUUGAUAUUUACAACUAUCUGUGGUAUACAGCAUAUCCAGAGAGCAACAACAUAUGAGUCUGAACAACAACUGAAUUUAUUCCAGUCCUUCUAUUUCGUCAUCGUUACCUUCACUACAGUUGGUUAUGGAGAUUUCUCUCCUGAUUAUUGGCUUGGACAACUUUUCAUGCUGGCAAUGAUUGUCAUUGCAUUUGCCUUUAUUCCAAGACAGCUGGAAAGUAUUGGAUCAACUUUUAUUGACAAGAAAAAGGAAGGGAAAGAAUUCAGUAAAGAUAAUGCUAAACGUCAUAAACAUGUUGUAGUUUUUAUCACUGCAAUUUUUCCAGAUGUUAUCAUGGAUUUCUUAAAUGAAUUUUUUGCACAUCCUGAUCUUCAGUGUUACCAUGUAGUCUUUAUGGCUUCUACAGAACUUAACACAAACAUCAAUGUUGUUCUGAAAGAUCCUAAAUGGGGCCAUAGAGUACAUUAUUUGAAGGGAUCAGCUUUAAAAGACAUGGACCUUGAUAAAGCCAGGGUUCAAGAUGCACAGGCAUGCUUUAUAUUAGCUGAGAGAAAUACAAAACACAGAAGUGAAGCAGAUCAACAUACAAUUUUGCGAUCAUGGGCUGUCAAAGACUUUGCUCCUCACUGCCCUCAAUACUUACAACUUUUCCUGGUUGAAAAUCGAAUGCAUGUUAAAUCUGCAGAUUGUAUAGUAUGUGAAGAUGAAUUUAAAUAUGCUCUCUUUGCCAAUAAUUGCAUGUAUCCAGGAAUAUCAACAUUGGUGACAUUAAUGCUUCAUACUUAUGAAGGAGAUAUAGGUAAAGAUGCUCCAGAAAGGUGGCAGAAAAUUUAUGGACGUCAUUCGGGGAAUGAGCUUUACCAUAUUUCCCUUGAAAAUAGCUUGUUUUUCAGUCACUACAUAGGAAAAAGCUUCACUGAAGCUUCAGCUGAUGCUCAUGCAAAAUUUGGUGUAUGUUUGCUUGCAGUCGAAGAUACUUUAAAACCAAACAAUCAAAUACAACUGAAUCCUGGAUCAAGUUAUACACUGAAAAAAUCUGAUAUCUGUUAUUACUUAAGCAUAACACAAGAAGAAUAUGCGCAGAUUAAACAUGAUUUUAAUGAACAGCAAUCUUUAAAUGGAGAGAGACGCUUUAUUGAAAAAAAAUUGGCAGGUAUUGACAUACCUAUGACAAAUUUGCCGAGAGGUAAUAAUGAUGAAUUUGCAAAUGAGCUACAAAACCUGAGUGAGGAUGAUGACACUGAUGAAGAAAUUGAGAGUCUCCCUGCAGUUACUAUCAGCAAUUCUUUUAUGAAUAACCCAAGUCAAGUUAUAAAAGAAGAAAAUGAAAAUGAAGAACCAGAAUCACCAUCACCAAAAGAACAUGGAGUCAUUAGAAAAUAUUCCUCCGACUCUGGAGAUGAUAAGUUUUAUACUGGUCUUCCUCCAGUUGUUCCUUUCGUCGGAGCCAGAAAGACACUUUGUCAUCUUGAGCGAUCACGUAUGAACUGUUGCUUAAAAUGGGCAUCGGAUUGUGAACAUUGCUCAUUUAAAAAUGCCAAGGACCCUCUCUGGAACAACCAACUUAUUAUUUUAGCAGCUGAAAAAUCAAAUGGAGGCAUAUACAACUUUAUUGUUCCAUUGCGUUCAUAUUUCCUUAAUCGAGAUUCUUUACGCCCUAUUAUACUACUUUUUGAAAAUGAACCAAGCUCACAGUUUUUGUAUAUUAUAGCACAUUUUCCUCUAGUAUAUUGGUUGGUUGGAACACUUUCUUGUGUUGAUGAUCUUCUCAAAGCUGGUAUCACAAAAGCCAGUCAAAUAGUUGUAGUGAAAAGAGAAAUGACUCAGUCAGUAUCUGAAACAACACUUAUGGAUACAGGCACCAUUCUGGCUGCUCAACAAAUAUUCAAGUUGUUUCCAAGUGCUAAGAUAUUAACUGAAUUGGAUCAAGCAUCAAAUAUGAGAUUCAUGAACUUUAGAGUUCUUGAUAAUUAUUCAAUGCAAAUUGCCAAAUUAGAAAAAAAAAUUGCAAGUCAAGUAUCUUCCAAUUUGUGUCACAUGUUCCGGCUUCCUUUUGCUGCUGGCCGUGUUUUUAGUGCUAGCAUGCUUGACACUCUUUUAUAUCAGACGUUUGAGAAAGGAUAUCUAAUUGCAUUUAUUCGUCUUUUCUUGGGAAUUGAUUCCUCAGAAAAUUCUGGACAUCUUUCAAGUAUUCAAGUUCGGAAAAGUACUUUGCAUAAAUUGACAACUUAUGGAGAAUUGUAUAAGCAUUUAUGUGAAACAGUUGGAGAAAUACCAAUUGCUUUAUAUAGAUCAGAACCUAUUAAUCCUGUAAAGCAACAUUCUUUUAAAGUUAAAGAAGUAAGCAAAUAUAAGAGGUUAUAUAUAAAGGGAGAAGUAAUGAACAAUUCACUGAAAAUCAAAAAUUCGUUUUCUGAACAAGAUAUGGCCAAACCAAAUUUAAGCAAAAGAAGACAAUCUUGGAGGAUAACUACUAAUGAUAAACCUGAUAUUGCUAGUAUUGUAACUGCAAGAAUGGGUUGUUUGGAUAUGAAAACAACAGAUUAUAAUCAAUUUAACAAAGAGAAAAACAUUCAUUCAUAUAUAAUAUUGAAUCCUUCUGUUAACUGUCGGUUGAAAAAUGGAGAUCUUAUCUAUGUUAUCCAACCUGCAGAAAGACAAGCAACUCCAGUGGGCAUGAAAAAGAGGAAUACCUUAUCAAUUGAUAAAGGGAGUGAAUCCAUUAGAUUAUAAUAUCAUUAAUAUUGCACUGCUACCACAGUAUCAAUUUCAUCUCAUUUAUUUUAUUUUCAAAUAUUACUUAAAAAAAGAAUUGUCAUAAUAAUUCUAAAAGAAAGCAAUCUUUUUUGAAAAUAAGUUCCAAAAACUAAACAAUAAGUACAUCCAUCAAUAUUACUGAUUAAUACUGCUGAUACAAUUUUCCUAAAUAUAAAUUUGGAAUGCAUGAUCAAACUGUGUGUGCAUGUGUUAUCAUAUAUGCUUCUUGAUGUUAUUGUUUGUUGCAGCAAUACAGCAAAAAUGCAAGUAAUUUCUUCUUUUUUUUUCUGUAAAUAUUUAUAAACCUCAGAAGCACUUUUGUUUUGAAUUGUAGAUAAUGUUAAGAAAAAAAAAUUAUUUUUAUGAAUUAUAAUGAAAAUUACUUUUAAGAAGUACUUUUUAAAAUCCAUAGAAUUUGUAAUCCAUACAGCAUUAUUAAGAAUAUUUCUAUAAAAUGAUGCAUCCUUCAGUUCAUGAAAUUAAAAGAAGUACUGUAUUUUUUUUCCCCCUUUUUUUUAUUUUUAUUUUUAUGCAAAUGAAGGUAUAUUGCUCUGCAUGUGGAGCUGAAAAUAAGUACAACUUCCACUCGGCAGUUAGCAGUAGAACAUCCAUCUGUAGAAAUAAUUUUCUUACAACAAAUUGAUACUUAAUCAUUUUCAAUCCUAGAAUAAUAAUAAUAAUAAUCAUAAUAAUAAUAAUAAUAAUAAUAAUAAUAAUAAUAAUGAAAUUAUUGUAUACUGUGCUCAGGUGCACCGCAAGAAGAAAUAAGUUCAAAACAUUUCCUUUUGUAAAAUGCUGGCAAAAUUAACUUUGUCUGAAGCAAGCUUUACUUCAUAAUUAGAUAGAUAUGGAGUUAAAACUAUAUUAAAGAAUCAAGAACAUGGAAAGCAAAGUAUAUUCUGACAUGAAGUAAAAAAAUAUUAACUGAUGAGGAAUAUUAUUUUCACUGACAAGAACAGAAUACAACUUGCAAGAAGCAGAAAACACAGAAAAAUUGUACUGGUAAUGGUAUCGAGCAGUGGUUCUCAACCAUUGUUCUCCUAUGGAUCCUUUCAAUUCCUAUUUUACUCUCCUGGACCCUCAUAACCAUUCCAUU